AUGGUGAUAAAAAUGUGUGAAAAAGAGCAUAAAUGCGAGUGUGCACACAGUUCAACUAACCCGUCUGUUCAACAAACAUUAGAAGAACUAGAUUUUAGUAGGGGUAUAUGGACAGCCGCAUUAGACGGAUCAUAUGAAGAUGUUGUGAAAUUUCUUGAGAAGAAAAACGACCCAGUUGACAAAUGUGACACUUCAGGCUACACAGCUCUACAUUAUGCAAGUAGAAAUGGUCACACAAGAAUAUGUAAACUGUUGCUUGACAAUAAUGCCUCACCAAAUAUUCAGACACGUUCAGGUGGUGUGACACCUCUCCAUAGGGCUGCGUAUUGCGGACAUACAGAUAUAGUGGAACUACUUCUAAAGCAUGGAGCUGACCCUUUGAUAGCAGAUUCUGAUGGAAAACUUCCCUUACACAAAGCUGCUGAAAAGGGUUUUGCACCUGUAGUAGAGAUAUUAAUGAAAGCAGCAAAAGACAGUGUUUUCCAUAAAGAUAACAGAGGUCGCACUCCAACAGACUGUGUCACAAAAGAGUGUUCAAAUGUGAAAUCUCUUCUUGAAUUAAAACAAGAGCAAUCCUGAAAUACGAUGUUAAGUCACAAGUAGACCAAUUAGCUGCAGAGUGUUGUGUGAAAUAAUGAUAUAAAUGUGACAGAACCUGAAUUACUGUUAUUUCCCAACAGAACUGUGAACAGCUAAGACAAAAGAAAGUGGUUUAAUUUUAGAAAUCUCAAACAACAGAGCUUUAAGAAAACCUCCUCUGAACUUGUUUUGGUGCACAAAUUUUUUUACUUGCACUCCUAAAUUUUCAUUUGUUUAUAGUCAGCCGAAUUUUUUUGGACAAUCAGUGGACAUGAUGUUAAAAUAACUAUAAAACUCUUACAGUAUCUGCUAGUUUGUUUCAUAGUUAAGGGACCUUUCUGUUGAAAAUGUGUCAGAGUUAAAUCGUAUACAUAUACAUGCACAGUGCAUUAACUGGAGUGCAGGUAUUAGUUACCCGCACUCCAGAGCAUGUCCAUUGAUUGGCUCAUUUUUGCUGGGGUUUACUUAUUGUGACGGCAGAGAAAGGGAAAGCGAUAGAAAUAUCAUAUUCAGAUGCUCGUUCAUUGGUUACUUUUUUCUGGGGUUUCAUAUUUUGACAACAGGGAACGUGUUUUUUUGUUUGACUAUGAUACAAAAGAGAAAGAACAUCAAAACAUCGGCGAUCUGAUUAAAUACUCAGGGGCUAUGCCCCCCUUGUACAAAUCAGAUAGUCUCGUGUUUCAAUGCUCUUUCUAUUACAUAGAGCAGAGUAUCUGGCUUGAGGGUAACUUUAACUGAGAGUAACUAGACAGUUCUAUUGAGACAAAAGUCCAGUGUUUUUUUCUUCUUGCCUAUUUCAUACCAAUUACAGUGGAAAACGAUUUACAAAAACAUUUUUCAUUUAGUACACUUGAUAGUAGCAUAACUUAUGAAUUUACAAUCUUAUUCAUAACGAAUGGAAGGAUGUCAUCACAACGUCAUGUACACAACUCAUUUAUUAAGGCGCCAGACUCAGAAUGAUGUUAUUUGAAGCAUAUACCUUAUCUUACAUGUGGAGACCGCAAGAUACCAUUUUCCACACAGCUUCCACAACAGUAUGAUAUGCGAGAAACAAAUUUGUAUUUCUCAGGACUAGUGGGUCACCUAAACAUGAGAGAAAAAUAACAACAAGACAUAUCACUCUUAAAUAGAAUUUAUUCAAUGCUGGCAGGACGGUGGGAUAACAAGUUAGAUGCUAACAAGUAUUAUAUCAGAUCUAGAAAGAUAUAAAAAAACCAGAUACAUGUAUAAUCAUUCUACAAGAGUGACCACCCUUGAUACUACUGUGCCUUGUAUAGCCUGAAAGGUAUCUUAAAUUUAACUGUAGACAUUUUAAACUCAUGAUACAAGAUAAUAGAACCAAUAACAUGAAAAUUAUCAUAUUAAAAAGUUUCUUUGUUGUUA